AUGGGACAUUUAGAUGUGAAGGUGUGGAGAUUUGACAAGGUCGAUAUUAAUCAGGGAGGAGUCCUGGCGGCCGCCCACCGCCUGAACCUGACGUCCCACUUCCACUGGAUCGCGUCGGACGGCUGGGGCAAGCAGAGCCACCUGGUGGAGGGGCUGCAGGACGUGGCCGAGGGCGCCAUCACCGUCGAACUCACGAGCCAGCCGGUGAGAGGCUUCGACGAGUACAUGGCGUCACUGACCCCGUCCAACAACAAGCGAAAUCCCUGGUUUAACGAAUACUGGGAGACGUUCUUCGGGUGUAAACUAGGUCCUCCUGGAAGCGACCUAAGUUGCCCUCGAAAUCGAAGAAUAACCAAGGAGGCGGGAUAUCAACAAGACCCUAAGGUCCAGUUCGUGAUGGACGCUGUCUACGCGUUCGCCUACGCCCUGUCGGAGCUCCAGCGCAGCUCGUGCCCGGCGGAGAGCCACGUGUGCGACGCCAUGAACAGUUACGACGGCGGCGCCUUCUACAGGGAGUACCUCCUCAACGUUUCCUUCAAAGGUGUGGUUGGGUCGCAGGUGAAGUUCGACGAGCGUGGGGAUGGUCCCGCUCGCUACACCAUCUACAACUUCCGAAAGAUUCCCGGGACGACCAGUUACAACUAUAGCGUGGUCGGGACGUGGUAUAGGGAACUGAAUCUGAACCUGAGCGAGGUCUCGUGGUCUGGCAAUAAUUACACCAUCCCGACUUCCGUCUGUUCGCAUCCUUGCCAAGUCGGCGAGAUCAAGAUUAUGCAACAGGGCGACACGUGCUGCUGGAUCUGCACGCCCUGCAAGGACUGGGAGAUGAUGGUGGGCGAGUUCACGUGCAAGGACUGUGGCCAUGGGCGCUGGCCCUACGAGGACAAGAUGGGCUGCUACGACCUGCCGCACAAGUACAUGUCCUGGACGUCGAUCUUCGCCAUCGUGCCCGUCGCCAUCUCGUGCUUGGGCAUCAUGCUAACACUCACCGUCAUCCUCAUCUUCUGCCGGCACGACGACACCCCCAUCGUCAAGGCGUCGGGGAGGGAGCUCUCGUACAUGCUCCUCUGCGGGAUCCUCAUUUGCUACCUCAACACCUUCCUGCUGCUCGCCAUGCCCGGGAUGGUCGUCUGCGCCCUCCAGAGGUUCGGCGUUGGGUUCGGCUUCUCGAUGAUCUACGGGGCGCUCCUCACCAAGACCAACAGGAUCUCUCGGAUAUUCGACUCUGCGUCCAGGUCAGCGCGCAGGCCCGGGUUCAUUAGCCCGAAGAGCCAGGUCAUCAUCACGUGCUCUCUUGUGUCCGUCCAGGUGGUGGCGACGGUGGUGUGGCUGAUCAUCGAGCGUCCGGGAGCCAGGUUCGACUACCCGACGCGCGACCAAGCGAUCCUCAAGUGUCGAAUCAAGGACUCCUCCUUCCUGCUGUCGCUGGUCUACAACAUGUUCCUCAUCACCACCUGCACUGUCUACGCCGUCAAGACCCGCAAGAUUCCCGAGAAUUUCAACGAGAGCAAGUUCAUUGGCUUCACCAUGUACACCACCUGCAUCAUCUGGCUGGCAUUUGUCCCCAUAUACUUCGGCACGGGGAACUCCUUCGAGGUCCAGAUAACGACGCUAUGCAUAGCAAUAUCCUUAUCAGCCUCGGUGGCGCUGGUGUGCCUCUACUCGCCCAAGAUCUACAUCAUAGUCUUCCACCCCGAUAAGAACGUCCGGAAGCUCACUAUGAACAGCGCCACCUACAAGAAAGCUCCCACCGCCUCGAGCGCCGUCUCUGUCAACCACGUUGCAGAAAUGACUUCAAAACGCGUCGAAGGCAGCCAGCAGGUCGGAGGGAGUGAAGCUGCACACGGUGCCGGCGACGCCCUCGCGCACGGCCACGGAGGGGGGCAGUCAGGGGGCAAUGGAGAACGAGGCUCUACUCUGAAGGAGACUCCGAUCGACUAGGACUAUCCAUCCCUGAAGAACCGUCGUUACCGUAGGCUACGAGGAGAUAACUGGGCGAUAGCCGAGGCUCUCCAGCGGCAGUGCAAGAGUUACGAGGGCGUCUGAGCAUCAAGGAGCCAGGUCACGGAGGCGAGAUCAUCUCGUUGGUGCGACGCGGUGCUCGGCGCUUCCCUUCGGAACCAGAGUGGCUUGAGCAAGAAAGAAAAACAAAAGUAAAAAAUAUAUAUAUUUAUGUGUUAUAGAAAAAAGUUCAUCGUCUUCAGGAUUUUGUGACUCAUAAUUUUCAUCCGGAAGUUUUUCGACGCAGUUAUUACAGGCUUACUAGACCAUCUGGGCUGCUGUGAUAACGGCUAAAAGCCAUAUUUAAUCGCCGACAAUAGUCGUGGACGUCAGUAACCAGGUAAAAAAGGAAAGAGGGUUACCUCAUAAAGACAAAAAAGACGAUGUAUGUUCUUUUGUUUUUUUUCCUUCGAGGGAUUUAACGACAAACUUGAUGUCAGCACCAAUCUCGCUGUGAUUUUUUAUAGACGGAGGAACCCUCGUAAAUUGCGCAUCCACUCCCAAGUUACCUCGAAUCAUCUGAACAUAGUGAUUUGAAGCAUCAUGUGAUGAACUGCAAAGCAAGUGUGGUUGUCCCACUCAGUGUGUGGAGGUGACCCCUCAUCGCUGCCGAGGGACUCUUUCAAAGAGGUUGCUAACAAGAGCAAGACGCCUGUCCUGUCAAGGGUGACUUCACAAAGGAGAAGGAGCUGAAAUCUUAUAGUAUUCCUGUUUCUAUUUCCAAGGUGUUUUAGAGUAGUAUGCUCUUUCCCGAUGACUAUGAAACAACCAUAUCAGUAGCAUUACUUAAUUGUUAAGGUUAACAGAGCUGCCAAGCAUAUGUGUGUAUUUGUCCUGGUCAGCUCAUCGUGGAAAUGUUUUCCAAAAAAUAGUGAUUAACGCUGGUGAUUAUGUGAAUGCGUGUCUUAGGAAGAUAAUGACAUAGACGGAGAUUCGUUAAGGGUCUUUGUUGCUUGUAUUAAUUGUGUUAGGUUUGCGUCGAGGCGCUGAACUCACAGUCAGUGCCCAAGCACGACUCUGACCUCACCGAGACUGUGACUAGUUUAUUCUCGCUGGAGGAGAAUCUGGAGACGUGUUCUCGUUUAAUUAGGACUGAGAUUCAUUACAGUUUACGACAACCCAGGAGUAAUGAUGGCGAUGCCGUUGUAUAAGAAAUGAAGAUUCGUCUUGUCUAAUCGGAGUAAAGGUCCUGUAAAUAAAUAACAAAAUAAUAUCAAUAGAAAUCAUCGAACGUCAUCAAUCGUUAAUAUUCCAUCGAUACACUUGAAAACAUACCGUUAUAGAAAAGACACUAGUAAAAAAAUCUAACAGCACGUUCCAAACGCAACUCGAGCUAGAGACCGAAAUAAGGCUAGGUAGGACAAAAGACAGACAUAUCAAUAAAGAAGGUAAACUGAGGGGAACCACCUGGAAUUGGACAGGUGUGCUGGGUCGGGGCCGAAGCUCGCUGUCAGGGGGAUUCUAUUCUUUUAUCCCACAGUUCAAAAGUUAAAGGGAUAAAAGAUUCGGCAAGUAUUUAGAAUUAUUUGUAUAUACAUAUAUACAUGCAUAUAUAUACAUAUAUAUAUGUAUGUCUAUAUAUAUAUAUACAUAUAUAUACAUAUAUAUAUACAUGAUUUAUUUCCUUUGAAGUGCAUGUUUCUCUUACAUGUACUAUGGUGCUCUUUUCUAAGGUCUUCAGGCUAUAAUUUCAACAUAUUCUUGAGUAACAAGGGAUAUGAAUUAAGUUUUACUCUUGAUCUCAGUCGCCUUUUACUAUGAUGAAUUGUAUUUGGCCGAACGUCUGUUUGACCAAUUACAGACGACAUUUGUUUCUCUUUGUGUCUCCGUCGACUGAUUUCAACCAAUCAGGAGGCGUGUCUUAAGUCGCCAAUGGUCUGUGGUUUGGACCAAUCACCGUGCGCGUCUUCUGUUACUGAGCCCGCAGGAGACGCCGCAUGGUUGUUUGGGCUUAUCUGUUAUCUCGACCUGCCUGUUCACUGUGUUUUUAUUUCGACGUUAUAGGAAUUUUGUUUUACCACGGCUGAUAAAUACUGUAUCGUUACACGAAUGGAUCUAACUGUGCGUGAUGUGUUCGAAAGCGUGCGUGAGGACGGGUUUCCCGACUUGUACUUGUCUUUGGUCUUUGUGUCGUAUAAGUGUAACAUAAUCAACUGUAAAUCUGCCAAAGAGUAUAAAGCUCAUAUCACUUAACUCUUCUACAACCUUUGCCGUGCCGUCUAACAACAAUAAAAAAACAAAAAAGUUAUCAAAUAACAUGAUUAUUUCCUCGCCUUCUUACUCUCCGUUCUGACAUCAUGAAUGCAGACUUGUAUAAUACUAUCAUUAUCAUUAAGAAUUAACUGUUAACUAAUUACUUCAUUGAAAGCAACUGCCAGAUCUUCUUCUCGCACUUCUGGCAACAGUUGUUCACCAUUACAUGUUUCAGCCGAUGUCCUCGUUCUUCUCAAACAGCACUUUAAUGGUCAAGUCGUUAGCACUGAGAACUUUCCUACUGUGUGCAUGACUGUCCGCAUGAACCGCAUGUGAAUGUGAAAAUGACAUACAAGUCUCUCUUCUCAAUGCGUGUACAUAAAGCAUCAUGUAUAUUUCAUAGGGAAUUAACUCACAAUUACUGUUAAAUGCACCUUGUACAUAUAUAUACUUAGGCAUUUGCACAAAGAUAAUACCUGACGCUUGAUUGUUGAUCGUAAUGCAUGACAAAAGGUCUAAGAAAGUAGGCGGAAAUAAAUUGAUUUAUUGCGUUACGUGUUCAAUUGCUCUCUUUUCUGUCUUCUUUUCAUGCGUAGAAUAAAAGGAAAACGUUUGCACUAUUCGUUGUCUGUGUUGCUGUGAAUAAUACAAAAUUUAUCGAUUUAUGUUUUGUAACUUUUGUGUAUAUGAUUCCACAAACGUUUUCUUUCUCUCUUGGUUUCCUUUCUUUGGCACUAUUUUCGUAUCAUAAGGUCUUGAAAAAAGAUAAUGACAUGUAGAUGAUAUUAGUGUUUGUGUACUUCAGCACCUGCAAUUUCUUUCUUUCGUAAUCCGCACGACGUUUCAUCUUCUGCGCACCCGUGUUUGUUUUGAAUGUCAACACCACAGAAUACUCCAUCAGUCUUAAAUCGUAUCGCUCUGUUCCUCAUCUUCCGCAGUAAUAAUGUAGUUCUCACCUUUUACUCACCUUUUACUCAUGACUAACGCGGCCAGAGACUGUGUACUCCUUACAUCAUUUUUAUAAUAAUCCAAAGAGAAUUUCUCGUUUUCAAUUAAUCAUCAAUAAUGUUCGGGUAGCUUUGGCCGUGGAGUAAAGGGACGGAGAGUCAUCUCUCUUUUUCGUCUUGGAACGAUUGGCGGGGAAAUCGUAAGUAGAGGCAUCGUCAGACUCAAAGUAUAAUCGAACAGAAAAAUAGAAUAUAAGAAAUCGAAUCCCAUUCGGUUCGGAGGAGGGGAUGGGAAGGGAAGGGGAGGCAGCGGGGGCGAGGUAGUGAUGGUUCCAACCGGUGAAUAAGGUCGUCAGUAAUCGUUUGUUUUACAGAUUAGUUGAUAUAAUUUUCCCCUUUUCUUUUUACCAUAGAACCUAUAUUUCUCGAAAAUAUAAUGAACAUACAUCUUAACGUCCUCAACAACAAAAUUUUGUUUUCGCCAGAUAACGAUAUACAGAAUACCUCCGCAUUGUGAUACGCCGUUCCCGCCGUUGCCAUAAUACGACAGCGGGACCAACAGCACCAGAUGCCACGGCAGAAGUUCGCUGGAUCCCGCUGAUUAGCAUAAUACAUGUAUGUGGAGCGGGAAAAUACCGAGCGAGUUUUGAUCUUUCCUUCAGGAUUCGUAUAUCACUCAAACCAAUUCGAGAUACCUGUACUUAUAAUAAAAUAUUAAUGAUUAUCGAUGUUUAUUUCAUUCGAGAAAAGAUGAAACAAUCUGAUCCUAUGCUAUUGCAGGUGACGUGCCUCUAUAAUUUUUCCUUUGAAAUUUAAGACCAUGGAACAAAGUACUUAAUCCUUACAAAUGAUAAGAGAGAUACUGCGUCCCUCUUGAGAUAAUUCACACGCGUCUGAACAAACUUCUCUCUCAUGUGUGUUGUUCUUGUCAACUUACAAGUGUUGUAUGUGAUAUUUCUUUUUACAGAAAAAAAGAUUUUUACGUGGUACUCCGGAUGUAUUUUGUUUUUGCAUACUGAUACAUUUGUAAUAUGUUUAAUGUUUAUGAAAUUUUGCUUAUGUUACUGUAGAUGCAUUCAUGAGAAUGUAUAAUUAAGCCUAUAGAUUGUAAUUUUAGUUUUUUACGUCUUAUUGUGAAAAAAAAACAAUGUCAGUAUAUCAGAGAAUAUGGUUUAUAAUUGCAGAUCAAUUAAAUUAUUUGUGAUUUGAAA